CCUUGGCAUUGGUCAACUCCUCUACAACGCACCACUCAGCGCGUCUGCUCAUUGACACAGGAUCCGAGCUCACCUUCGUCUCGGAGAAUCUCAUCCGGCAGCUCAACAUCCCUCGUCAAUACUCAGGUAUUGUCAUCACUGGAAUUGCAGGCAAGGAGUGUACUCGGACACGAGGAGUCGUGUCACUCACGUUACGCUCGACACAUUCCAACGCAGCUGCCACAAUACAAGCUCACGUCCUCCGGACAGUUACAUCAAUCUUACCAUCGUUCAAGGCGGAACCGGAAGAAUGGCCACAUCUCAGGAACUUGGCAUUAGCUGAUCCUGAUUUUCUCGUCCCACGGCCAGUUGACAUCCUCAUCGGCGCCGACGCUUACGGGCAAAUCAUCAAGCCCAAUAUCAUUCGGCAUUCUUCACUCAUGCCGAUAGCGCAACUCUCCAUUUUCGGAUGGCUCGUUCUUGGACCUGUCAAUAGGGAAGCAACACGCACAUCAACGCACCAUGCUUCUACUCAAGUCAACGAGGAUGCUCUCAACGAGUUACUGACAAAAUUCUGGGUUCAAGAGGAGGUGCCUACUCACGAUGUCAACCAAUUCACUCCUGACGAGCAGAGGUGCGAAGAGCACUUCAAGGCUACACACUCUCGUGAUUCUUCAGGGAGGUACGUCGUCAGGAUUCCGCUCAAAUCACCAGUAUAUCUUCUGGGUGAUUCGUACCACGUCGCCCAUCAGUGCCUCAAGGGACUACGCAGACGAUUCUCAAGGGAUGUGAACUAUCAACGUCUCUAUCAACAAUUCAUGAUGGAGUACGAGACACUCAACCACAUGACGAAGGCAUCAUCCAUCUCCAGUCGUCGCUCACACUUCUACCUACCACAUCACGGUGUUCUCAAGCCUGACAGUACAACAACGAAACUGCGAGUCGUAUUUAAUGGCUCCAGCGCAUCAACAUCGGGCUACUCUGCUAACGACCUCAU